UCCAAUGGUCUCAUGAUUGUUCGAUUUCCCAGCUUGCAGGCUAGACAAACAAAUCUAGGGAGUUUGAUGGAAAUUCAUGGCCCAAAGCUUCUAGGGUCAUUGUAUCAGGAUCCUAUAACAAGCUUUGGCCUCUUUCAGAAGUUCACUGUACAACACCCAGAUGUCUACUGGUCACUUGUUUUGAAGGAGCUUUCUGUUACAUUUCGUGAAGGCCCGAGAUGUAUCUUAGAUACCUCUGACAAAUCAAAGCAUGGGGGUACAUGGCUGCCGAGUUCGGUCUUGAACAUUGCUGAAUCCUGUCUGUUACCAAUGAAUUCUCCGAGAAAACGGGACGAAGAUGUGGUUGUCAUAUGGAGGGAUGAAGGGUCAGAUGAUGCUCCCGUUAACCGUAUGACACUAAGAGAACUUCGUGAACAAGUGAUGAUGGUGGCAAAUGCAUUGGACACAUUGUUCUCAAAGGGUGAUGCAAUUGCGAUUGACAUGCCAAUGACAGCCACUGCAGUUGCUGUAUACUUGGCAAUCAUCCUUGCAGGACUUGUGGUUGUAUCAAUAGCAGAUAGCUUUGUAUCAAAGGAAAUUGCUACCCGCUUGCGUGUGUCCAAUGCAAAAGGCAUCUUUACUCAGGACUUCAUACGUAGAGGAGGUAGAAAUUUUCCUCUGUAUAGUCGGGUUGUUGAAGCGGGUUCAUGCAAAGCAAUUGUAAUCCCUGCUAUUGGAAAGGAUGUAGCUGUUCAACUAAGGAAGCAUGACUUGUCAUGGAAAGAUUUUCUUUCACGAGUUGACCACCUUCCUAGACCGAAUCAUUACUUUCCAGUGUAUCAAUCCAUGUAUUCCGUGACAAAUAUUCUAUUUUCAUCUGGAACCACAGGAGAACCAAAGGCUAUUCCAUGGACACAACUUUCUCCGAUUCGAUCUGCAGCUGAUGCAUGGGCACAAAUAAAUAUCAAAACUGGGGAUGUCUUUUGCUGGCCAACAAAUCUAGGGUGGGUGAUGGGACCUACUGUAUUAUAUUCGUGCUUCCUCAUUGGUGCUAGUCUAGCCCUCUAUCAUGGAUCUCCUCUUGGUCGUGGUUUUGGUAAUUUCGUUCAAGAAGCAGGUGUGACUUGCUUGGGUACAGUCCCAAGCCUAGUGAAAACAUGGAAGAGUACGCAGUGUAUGGAAGGACUGGAUUGGACAAAGAUAAAGUCAUUUGCUUCUACUGGAGAAGCCUCCAAUUUUGAUGAUGACCUAUGGCUUUCUUCAAAGGCUUAUUACAGGCCUAUCAUCGAAUGCUGUGGAGGUACAGAGCUUGCAUCUUCAUACAUUCAAGGAAAUUUUCUGCAACCACAAGCCUUUGGAGCGUUUAGUGCAGCAUCAAUGACGACUGGCUUUGUCAUCCUUGAUGAACAUGGAGUUCCUUAUCCAGAUGAUCAACCUUGUGUUGGAGAAGUGGCUUUAUUUCCAGUCUACAUGGGAGCAACUGAUAGAUUGCUCAAUGCUAAUAAUGAGGAGGUCUACUUCAAAGGAAUGCCAAUGUACAAAGGAAUGCACCUCAGAAGACAUGGAGAUAUACUUAAGAGAACUGUUGGUGGCUAUUUUCUAGUACAGGGAAGGGCUGAUGACACCAUGAAUCUUGGUGGCAUCAAGACAAGUUCAGUUGAAAUUGAACGUGUGUGUGACCGAGCUGAUGACAGUGUGUUGGAGACUGCUGCUAUUAGUGUCGCACCAGUCAAUGGGGGACCAGAACAAUUGGUCAUGUUUGUGGUGUUAAAGAAAGGAUAUAGUAGUACACAAGAACAGUUGAAGAUGAAAUUCUCGAGAGCAAUCCAAAGCAACCUCAAUCCCUUGUUUAAGGUGAGCCAUGUUAGGAUUAUCAUGGAGUUCCCAAGAACUGCUUCAAACAAGUUACUGAGGAGAGUUCUAAGGGACCAAAUAAAAGCUGAACUUGCCUCUCACAGUCGACUUUAGCUGUUAUGAUCAUGUUCCCCAUGUGGUCAAUCCCCGUUUGCCUAUGUUUUUAUGAUAGAUGUAGUAUGCGGGGAACAGACAAGGAAGCAAAAAUCAGAAUUGUAAUCCUCGGUUCCAUAGGUAUACUGCAACUAUUUUCUGCUUUUGUAUAAUUACUGAUGAUUUAAGCUUGGUA